AUGAAAGCUUCUUUUUCAGUCUUCAGUAAGCUCUUAUUCACUCAUAUUCCUUCUAAGAAUUUAGCAUCUGUUUCUUGUCUUUUAGAAUCCCAACAUUUUAUCCUGAAACACUCUGAAGAAUGCAAUUCCAUGAGUAUGAUCAAAUCAAUACUCUCCAAACGUGGUUGGAAUAUUAACCCUGAGAAUUUAUGCACCAUUGAUUUGAAUGAAUCAAAUGUAAUUUGGAUUUUGACUGAUUUAUUUGAUGAAAGUUUGGAUGCUGACCUUGCUUUGUACUUCUUCAAGUUGUCUGAAUGUUGUAUUGGAUCAUUGCACUCGCUUAAGUCAGUAUGUAAAAUGAUACACAUAUUAGUUUCCAGGAACAUGAAUCAUAUAGCAGUGGAUUUUAUUAGCGAAGAGGUUUCGGAGGAUUUAUUGUUGAAACUCUUUUAUGAGACUCAUAGUGAUAGAAUGGUUUUACAAACUGUGUGUAGUAUGCUUGUUGAUUGUUAUAUUAAGGAAAACAAGGUUAGUUUGGCUUGAAAAUUAUCAUGUCAAAUGAAGAGUUUUAACAUGAUUCCAUCAAUUAGGGUUUGCAAUUCGCUGCUUAAGGUGUUGUUAGGAUUAAAUCAAUUGGACUUGGCUUGGAAUUUUCUGGACCAAAUGCUGAGGCAAGGGAUUGAUUUAAAUGUUUCCAUUGUUAGUUUGUUUAUUGACAAGUAUUGCAAUAAAGGCCACCUUUUAAGUGGCAGGAGAUUGCUUGUGGAAAUGAAAAACUAUGGGAUUAAACCAGAUGUUGUUGCAUAUACAAUCAUAAUUGACUCACUCUGCAAGAUGUCUUGUUUAGGAGAAGCAACUUCUAUGCUGUUUAAACUAAAUAGAUUGAGAAUCUCUCCGGAUUCAGUGUUGGUUAGUUCUUUUGUUGGUUACUGUGAAGCUGGAAGACCAAACGAACCAAUGAAUGUUAUAAACUUCUUUAAUCUUAAACCAAAUAUUUUUGAAUACGAUAGCUUCAUCACAAAUUUGUGUGCAGAUGGUGACAUGGUAAAAGCUUCUGUAAUCUUUCAAGAGAUUUUUGAAUUGGGCUUGCUUCCAGUUUUUAGUUAUACUAAUAUAAUUUGAGGCUAUUGUAAAGAUCUGCACAGGAAUAGAGCUUUUCAAUAUUUUGGGAAAAUGUUAAAAUGUGGAAUUAACACAUCUAUGACUACAUACACAUCACUUAUUGGUGCUUGCUGCAAAUCUGAAGACUUGGAAAUGGCAGAGUGUUUGUUUCAGAAGAUGAAAACGGAAGGUUUGGUACCUGAUAUUGUUACAUAUAACAUGAAAACAGAUGGCUAUGGAAAGAUGGGCCACUUACACAAGGCCUUUAUGCUUGUAGAUAUGAUGAGAUCAGCUGGCAUCUCUCCUGAUGAUAUUGACAGCCUAAUUAAAAGAGGAUUUACAAAUUAGGCAAAAAAUAUUCUGGAUGAGCUUGUCCGAAGGGGUAUUUUUCCUGAUAUGGUGACAUUCACCAAUAUCAUAGAUGGGCUCUCCAAAAAAGGGGACUUUGAGGAAGCAUUUCUUGUAUGGUUUAAAUGAGUGAACACCAUGUGAAGCCUGAUGAGUGAACACCAUGUGAAACCUGAUGUUGUGACUUGCAGUGCUUUACUUAAUGGCUAAUGAAGGGUGUGUAGGAUGGAAGAAGCUAACGCUCUGUUUGUUAGGAUGCUUGAUUGGGUUGGGUUGAAACCAGACCUGGUAUUAUACAACACUCUUUUUCUUGGAUUUUGUAGCACUGGAAACAUGGACGAGGCAUGCAACUUGGUGGAAAUGAUGAUUAAAAAUGGUAUCCUACCAAAUAUCAUCGCUUAUCGAGCAUUUGUCCUUGGAUUUGAGAAAAAGUGGUUCAAGAAUCCUGUAGAAAGUGCAUCUUUUAAACUGCAACAACUUUUGCAGAGACAUGAUAUCCAUGUUGAUGUUAAUGAAUAAAUAGCAAUUCUGUAACUUUUCACUUGAGACUUCUGAGGAUUCUUUCAGCUGUUUGAGCUGUAAGAUUGUCUUCUUUUCAUGUUCCUUUUAUUUGUAUGCUUGAUUUAGCCAAAUUGAGUUGGACUUUUCUUUGGCAUUGUGUUUCUUAUACUUGAUUGUAAUUUUGAAAUAGAGUUCUGAAUUACUGGCUUGAUCCCUGUGAUUGUUUCAGGUAGUAUUGCAGGUAU